UGUCCCAGACCAACCUUUUUGGAACAGCACUCUUUGUGCAUUAUUUCGUGCAAUCCAGCACUCUUUGCCGGAGAAUGCUACCAGUUCUCGUCCACUGCGCUAACACAUCAGGACGCUACUCAGGCCUGUAGUACCUUGGGCAGCCACUUGGUGGAUCUGACAGACGAUCAGCAGCAAAGCUUCCUCGCUGACAAGAUGGCGACUACCACUGGAGCUUCGAACUGGCUGGCCAUAAAAACGUCACCGGCGGCCUUUCUGUACAGUAAUGGAUCGCCUAUUUCGGGUCCUAUUCAAUGGUCAUCAAGUGAGCCAGCCGCUCCCUGCGAACUGUGUGUUCUCCUGGACAGCAGCGACAGCUUCCUAGCCAGGACAGCACCGUGCACGGAACAGCACAACUACGUCUGCCAGUCUGACCUGAAGCCCUGUGGACGAAACGUCUGCCAAAACGGCGGCAUCUGCACCUCCUGCUUCAACGACACUGCUGUCUUCUGUGACUGUCCUGCUGGGUUUGACGGGAAGUUGUGUGAGAUAAACAUCGACGAGUGCGCCUCCAACCCCUGCCGAAAUGGCGGAAGCUGCCGUGACGGCACCAACUCCUACAGCUGCAGCUGUCUCACCGGGUUCCAGGGUGACCACUGCGAAUCUGACAUGGACUGGUGCUCCCAGGUCCAAUGUCCCCAGGGCUGGGUCUGUCAGGACUACACUUUCUACUUCCAAUGUGCUGAUCCUGCUCCCAUCACCAGCAGGAUGAUCCCGUACCAGUGCAGCAGCGCCUCCUGUCCGGAUGGCAUGUACUGCACCGAGGAAAGCUUUGCGUCUUUCUCCUGCAAGGCUGAGUGACGUCACAGCCCAAGCCUCAUGCACGCAGCUGGCACCCAAGUGCUGAAUAUAAUUUGAUUUCAGAUGAUAUGUGGAAUAAAGUGCUUCUAAGAUGA